AUGGAAAAUGCCUCUGCGCUCGCGGCCAAGCUGGGAGACAUGAAGCACAUCAGAAAGGGCCUCGAGCUGGCUAAGGUCGCCCAGCAGUACGCCCAGCAACAAGGCGUCCCUCUCCCGAGUCUAUCCGGCAAAGAGCAGACGAUGGACGACACGAUGCCCGGAGCUUUCGGCAGGACGCAAAGCCGCGGAGGCUUGGACGGCUUGCUGGAGCGCGCGUCUUCCGUGCUAGGCGCCGGGAACGGUGGCGGUGGCGGCGGCGGCAGCGGCGGCUUCGGCAACCAGGGUGGCUUCGGCAACCAGGGCGGCUUCGGCCAGUACCCCCCGGCGUACGGCGUCAUGGACCCGCCGCAGUUCGGCUUCAGCGGCGCCAUGACGACCCAGGGGCAGCAGGGCUUCGGAGGGCAAGCCUACGGGAGCGGGCAGCAGGGGUGGGGUCAACAGCCACAGCAGCAAUUCGGCAACAACGGAGGCUUCGCGAAUCAGAUGUCGACGCAGCAGUCCGGGUUCGGCUCCUCGGGGUUCGGGCAGAACGGGCAACGGGGGGCCGGCGGAGGGGAAUACUGGAACUCGGCGGGGGUCCUGGCCGGGGCCGGCCUGGCGGGGGCCGGCCUGGGGGCCGGCCUCGCCUCGACGUACAACAGCGCGUUCGGGAACGGGGGAGGUGGUGGCUAUGCGGGCAUCAGACAAGGCUACGGGAACCCCGGGGGCGCCUACGGCGGGCCGGCGCUACCCCCGCCGCCCGGGAAGGGGAAGAAGAAGGGUGGCGGGGGCAAGAACAAGGGGGGGGGCGCCGUUACCGAUCAGCCGCCGCCGGGGCCCGCCCCGGUGGAGGGGUGGCUUGCCAUGCCGGUCGGGUACGAGCUUCCCGAGGGCAUCCCCAAGGGUUUGGAGAUUCUGGCGAUGGUGGACGGGUUGAUGGUGCACCAGGAGGUGGAGACGUUGGAAGCUAUCGCCAACGCAGUGGGGAUCGGAUACGAGGGCAACAACCAGUACAAGAUCAGCAAUCGGGCGGGAGUGCACGUGUACCAAGCAGUGGAGGACACGGGCUUCUGCUGGCGCUGCUGCUGCACGCAGCUCCGGCCCGUACACAUGAAGGUGUACGACCAGACAGGGAGUCAGGUCCUGGCCUUCCAGCGACACUUCCGGCUCUUCCCGUGCGCCUGGUUCGAACCGUGCCGCGAAAACGUGACGGUAUUCCACGGGCCCAAGGAGGACGGGAAGGUUUUCGGGAGGGUCACGCAGUCGUGCUGGGGGGGCUGCUGCACGCCCAAGCUCAACUUCUUCACCCGAAAAGGGGCCGGGGAGUUGUUCGUCAGGGGCCCGGGCUUCUUGGGGGAUUGUUGGGGGGGGGGUUUGGAUGUGCUCACGGACACCAAAAAGAGGCGGGUGGGGGAGGUGAAGAAGCUAGCCCCGAGCAGCCUGGCCGACAUAGCGAAGGAAAUCGCCACGGACGCCGACAAGUUCACCAUCAGCUUCCCACAAGAUCUCAAGGUGGAGACAAAGGCGACUGCCCUGGUGUCGCUGCUGCUGGUCGACCUCCUCUUUUUCGAGAUGGGUGGGAACACCAACCGAAACAUCGACGGCACGUGUACGGUCGACCUGUGUGUCAUGUUCUGUUGCGGCUGCCCCUUGCCGUGCCGAGUUACCGUCAACGGCAUCGGGGGCCCCGACGGUAUUGUGGGAAAGGGGGGUGCACCCGUCGCGGACGAGAUCGUUCGCUGACGACCGCCUUUUUUGUUUCCCCUUAUCUUGACGUCACGUAGUAAUAGACCACCCUCCCUUUCGCGGGAAAAGGGAGCGUUCCAGAGCACAGCGUUUGCUGUCUUCACUCAACCUCCAAGUCCCAGUUUGUUCUCUUCACCCGCUCUAGCUUUGCGUGAGGGGGUGGAAGGUUUGCUUUUUGUUCUGUGCGUUGCUCUGCGAUGAUGCCCUUCCUUGCCUUGACGUGGUGGGCUGGCGCGCAGCGUUUGCUGUGGUUGUUGUUUGGUCCGGCCGUGUGCCGGCCGACCCGCCCGUGUACGUGGGCUCUCUCGCACACGCCUGGCUUCGUUCGCGUUCAUGCGUUUUCAUGUGGAGGGGAAACAACCGCUACGCGCUAAGAAGCAUGCAUGCAAUUGAUUGCUCCCCUCUGUCUGUUUCGUUUUGCGGUCGUUGUCUUUUGGGUACAUGUUUGGGUGCGUGUUUCGAUGGACUUGGAGGGGGAGCUUGGAUUUGUUAUAGGCAAGAGCCACACACGGAAUACUAGUUGAAAUCGCGCUCGAGUCAAUUGGCUACGUUGAUGAAUGUCCGGGUAACACGGGUUACCUUUGGGAGAGCUAGGGGCCACGGUUUGGCUGUAGUAAGCGGCUAUUUGUUCGUUUGUUGAUCGCAGAAUGCUACAGAAUUAUGCUUCGUUAUGAGGGAGCGGCAGCCCUAUCCUACCCUAGCGCAAGCAAGCAUUCCAGGCCUUUCGCCCGGCGGGUUAUGUGUUGCCCGUCUGGAGUUCAAUAUGCAUGAGUUGUUAUUGGGGCGUUGAACGCCAAGCCAACAACACUAGUUUAUGCUUUCUUUGUCAGGAGGCGGGUACCGGUUCCAACACAAUAAUAGUACAAUUGAGUAGUAUUCAAAGGGCCCCACAAGCGGCCGGCUGGCUCCAUGGCAACCCAGCCCCAAGGCUUGUUUUUUGGCGGUGUAAGCGCUCGAAAUCUCGCCUCAACACGGUUGUUGUUGCUGGCGACGUUGUGGUUUUUUCUAUCUCACUUCUAUAGGGAGGAGGGGCGGGCGGCGGAGGGGACAAAGCGUUGCGUUGUUGUCCUUGCCUGCUGCGCGCGGGGAAGGCAGAUUAAAUAUGAUAGCACUUGGCAUUCUGUGCUGCAAUGCAAGUUGGAAGCGGCGGGGGAGCGGCGGGCACCGUCGCCGGGCUCUGUGGCAUGAUUUGAUUGGCUUGAGUUGUUUGUGAAUGUAGAACACGCCGCAGUGAUCAGUAGAGUGCGAGGUAUCUCGAGCUCAUCGCUCCACGCGGGGUUCAACUCUGGUUGAUGCCUACUUGGCGUGGGGUCGGUGGUAAGCUGCUCUCUUGGUGAUUGAUGUUCAGGCUGCUGUGUAUGUUUGGUGUUUUGUUUAGUGUUGGAUGGGUUUUCGGUCGGGUGUAUGGCGGCGA